AGUGUUUGCCCUGGCCGGCGUGCACGCGCGGGUGAUGCGCUAGCCAUGAUCUCGCAGAAGCUGUCGUACGGCGACGUGCCGACGUCCGCCGCGCUCUCGUCGCUGUCGCCGGGGCUCGCGCCGCCCUACGUCAACGGCAUGGGCUGCAUGCCGGCGCAGCCCUACCCCAACCUGUACGCCAACAACAUGGUGGCCGGCGGCUCGUGCAUGGGCUCCCCCGGCGUGGGCUACUCGCCGCCCAGCACCAUGGCGUCGUGCAUGGGCGGCGGCGCGCCCUACGGCAGCCUGCCGCGCGAGCAGGAGGCCGCGUCGCCCACGUCGGCGCUGCAGCGCGCGCGCAACGACAAGACGUACCGCCGCUCCUACACGCACGCCAAGCCGCCCUACUCCUACAUCUCGCUCAUCACCAUGGCGAUCCAGAACAACCCGUCGCGCAUGCUCACGCUGUCCGAGAUCUACCAGUUCAUCAUGGAUUUGUUCCCGUUCUACCGCCAGAACCAGCAGCGCUGGCAGAACUCGAUACGGCACUCGCUGUCGUUCAACGACUGCUUCGUGAAGGUGCCGCGGACGCCGGACAAGCCGGGGAAGGGUUCCUUCUGGACGCUGCAUCCGGACAGCGGGAACAUGUUCGAGAACGGCUGCUUCUUGCGGCGCCAGAAGCGGUUCAAAGACGAGAAGAAAGAAACGAUCAGGCAGGCGCAGAAGGCGGCGCACACGCACCACGGGCACGACAAGCGCGAGCUGGCGCACGACAAGCCGCCGCCCGAGGACAAGGAGAUGCGCGACGAGCUGCUGGCGCAGCUGCACGCGCCCGAGCUGUGCCUGCCGGAGCACACGCCGCUGGCGCUGGAGCACUACGCGCACCUGAAGCAGGAGCCGGCGGGGUACGCGCCCGCCACGCACCCCUUCAGCAUCACGCGCCUGCUGCCGGGCGCCGACUCUAAGGCCGAGCUGAAGAUGUACGACGUGAACUACGGCUACGGGCACGCGCCCGCCGACAACUACUACCAGUCGUCGCUGUACCACCACCAUCACCACGCGCAGCCGCCCUUGUGACAGUACCCGCUGGCGUAGGCGCGCCCGCCUCGCCGCCCGGACUCACGUGAGCGUGUUGUGUUCUUGUGAUACGCCGCCCGCCCGAUGUAUAUUGUGUACAUAUUUUUAAUGAUUUUGAUCCGUCGUGUGAUAAUUUUGAUCAGUAGGUAGUCACUCGACGGCGGGCGGCGGCUAAGUUAGGCCUAACUCGAACUGUGGGACUCCACCGACGGUGUUCUCGCGAGUCCUCUGAACUGAUAACCAUUCGUAUACCAAAUCUUAUUAGAAAUAAUCAUGAAAUACUCGUUUUAAAAGUGCUUACUGACCUAAAAUUUUAUAGCGAGAAAUGUUGCGAUGAAGCUUCUUCGAUCUCAUCUUCUUGAAUUUAUUUUGGGAUAAACUUAAAACUUACCAUAAUCAGCAUAAUAAACAAAGCUUUUCCGCCCAAAACAAUGAUCGCAUCGUGUGACAUAAUGCUCGUAAUCGCGGCGAUAAAACGAUCGAUAUCGCCCUUAUCAUAAUUUCCUAUUCCGAUAAAUGCAACGUGCGCGCGUUGAAAUCUUUUGUUUAAACAUAAACAAAAUAUUAACUUAAUAUAGUGGCAAUAUUAUUUUACUUGGAUUGUUCUUUACCCAUUCAUCUUAAAUAUUAUAUUUUGUAGAUAAUAUAUUGUAUAAUACUUGCUUAAUAACAAAGUAAAGAAAAUUUUACUUCACUGAAAAAAAUAAAUUAAAAAGUUGUUUAACAUAAAAUAAAAUAUGUAUUUAAAUAGUAAAUGAAAUUUUAUACCGUUCCUUUUGCACAAGAUGAGAUACUAUUAUUUAAUGUCGCUUAUUUUAUUGUAAAUAUAUAUUCAUAAGUACAUUUUAUUUUAUUUUUAAAGAUUUGGUAUAAGAAUGCGCUAGAAGUGAUUUCAUAUCGAAAUAAAUGAACAGUGCAAUGUCUGUGUAACAAAUGUGUAUAAAUAAAUAUAGGCAAUAGGUAAUUAUAAUGAAUAGAUAGGAGAAAAACGAAAUUAUCCUAUGACCAUCGCAUUUAGGAGUUUGAUUAAGUUUGUACAUAUAAAUACUUUAAGAUAUAUCUUCUAAAUAAUGGUGUUUUGGUGUAAAGAGGGUACCUAUCUAUGCUUCUGCACAUUCCAUUGAAAUAUAUAUUUAUAUGCAAGUGUCAAUUUAGCAUCUUUAAUGUUAUGAUAUUAUAUUUGGCAAACGUAUGUGAGUCGUAUUUCGCGUGUAAUUAUGAGAAAAAUAUAAUUAUUUAUUAAUUUAGUAAUUUAUUUGUUAUUUUAUUUACGAACACCAUAUAAUUAAUUAAAUUUAUUUGAAUGCAUUCGAACAUAACAUGAAUUUCUUUCUAAAAUAGUAAAAUAAACAUAAUAUGACAUGAUAUUAUUAUGUUUAAGUUUGAUUAGGGAAAUAUAGAUAUAUUGUUUAUAUUAAAAUAAAGAAUCGUGGGUUAAACUAGA